AAUUACGCACUAUGGUUAGAGGACAAAAAAAAAAGGGUACAAACGAAGAAAAGAAAAAAAAAAAUACCUGGCUCUUUCUAUCAUUCUUCAUUCUUGGAUCUUUCAACUUUCAAAGCCCUUUUCAACUUUAGUCUUCUACAACAAGUACAAAGAGAAACUCCCCUCUUCCAAAAUCAAACUCUUCUUACCUUUCCCUAUCUUCUUACUUUCUUCUUUCUUCCUUCUUCAUCUUGUCAUAUUUAUUUCUCUGUUUCUUAAACAAACUAUAAACAAUGCAACUCAAAGCCAUAACUCCCAUUUCUUCAUUCAUUCAAAUCAAACCCAUAACAGUAAAAAAACCCACCUCAUUUUUCCACCUAAAACCCUCUCAAAAUCCUCUAAAGUUACUAACUUUUAGUCACCCAACAAAACUUCACAUUUCCCAAAAACUUCACUGUAUUUCUCCUGGCCAAGAACUAUCAAGUGAAACCCAUUUCCCAGUAUCUGAAAUUAGGGGUGAUAAUGAUGAAAGUGACAGCUCAGUUACACCAAAGAAGCUUGAUUUGGUGGACCCCACAAGUGGGAAACCAACCAAUCAGAGCUUAUGGGAACAAAUGAUGGAGAUCAUCAAGUUUUCUGGGCCUGCUACUGGGCUUUGGAUUUGUGGGCCUUUGAUGAGUCUCAUUGAUACUGCUGUUAUUGGCCAAGGCAGCUCCAUUGAACUUGCUGCUUUAGGUCCUGGAACAGUUCUUUGUGAUUAUAUGAGCUAUGUGUUUAUGUUUCUUUCAAUUGCUACUUCUAACAUGGUUGCUACUUCACUUGCUAGACAGGAUGAGAAGCAAGUGCAACAUCAGAUAUCAAUCUUGUUAUUUGUGGGUGUGGCUUGUGGAGUAUCGAUGCUUGGUUUUACAAAAUUUUUUGGUGAAUGGGCUUUAACUGCUUUUGCUGGAGCAAAUAAUGUGCACCUUGUGCCUGCUGCAAAUACUUAUGUUCAGAUUCGAGCUUUAGCAUGGCCUGCUAUUCUUGUGGGAUGGGUUGCUCAGAGCGCAAGUCUGGGCAUGAAAGAUUCCUUGGGACCUUUGAAGGCCUUGGUAGUUGCAAGUGUUAUAAAUGGCAUUGGUGAUAUAGUACUCUGUAUAUUCCUAGGCUAUGGGAUUGCUGGUGCAGCAUGGGCAACUGCAGCAUCACAAAUUGUUGCAGCCUACACUAUGAUCGAUGCUUUAAACAAGAAAGGAUACAACGGGUUUUCCAUUGAAAUUCCAUCACUCAUUGAACUUAAAGAAAUAUUUGCAAUCGCGGCCCCAAUAUUUAUAACUAUAGUAUCAAAGGUGGGUUUCUAUUCUAUGAUAAUUUAUUUUGCUACAUCUAUGGGAACACAUACAGUUGCAGCUCAUCAGGUCCUGUCUCAAUUAUUCCACAUGUGCGCUGUAUGGGGUGAACCCCUGUCUCAGACUGCACAGUCAUUUAUGCCAGAGCUGCUAUAUGGAGUAAACCGAAGUUUAGUAAAGGCUCGAGAUCUGCUGAAGUCUCUUUUAAUUAUAGGGGCCUCAGUCGGACUUGUUCUAGGGGUUGUUGCAACAUCCAUUCCUUUCUUGGUUCCUCAACUGUUCACCCCUGAUCCUGCAGUUAUAUCAGAGAUGCACAAAGUUUGGGUUCCAUUUUUUCUUUCUUUAUGUGUGACCCCUUGUAUACUCAGCUGUGAGGGCACGUUGCUGGCUGGAAGGGAUCUUAAAUUUAUUAGCUCAUCAAUGAGUGGAUGUUUUGUCUUGGGCGCCCUUGUAUUACUGCUUGUGAAAAGUCAAGGAUUAGGUUUGAUUGGCUGUUGGACUGCCCUUGUUGGAUUUCAAUGGGCACGAUUCUUUCUCGCUCUACAACGCCUUCUUUCUCCAAGCGGGGUACUUUUUUCAGAGGAUCUUCUUCGUUUUAGAUUGGCUGAGCUAAAAGCUGCUUAAGUGCUGAUCAAAACCACCAUUCUCAAGGUGCUUGGGGUGUUUUUUAAACCACAAUGUGCAAUAGUUGUGUUCACCAUAAUUUUCUGAAGCCUAAAAAAUGCUCAGAAGAUUGAUAACCUACUUGGUGACGUGAUACAAUUAUACAGCAAGUGAUAGGAAAUUUAGUAAGUACUUCAGUAUACUAGUUAAAAUUCUUCAACUAGGUUCUGUGUAAGUUAGCUCAUUUUUAUGCUGCACACUGGAACUCAGCAAAUUUGUAUUACUACUACAAUUAAUAUUCCAAAAUGAAUGAGAAACCCUAAAAAUUGUACUUCUCUUCUUACUUCA